AUGGGGGAAUUAGAAAUGCUUGUAAUGAAAGAGCAAUAUGAUAUCAUAGUCGAGGAACCAACCAGAUUAGGGACUAUACUGGACCUGGUACUAACUAACAAUGUGGAGAUAAUAGUGAAUACUGCAGGAGGUAAGACCUUGGGUAACAGUGAUCAUAAUAUGAUCACAUUCGACAUUAGCAUUCAAAAGCAGAACUCUAAGGGUACAACUAAGACUCUGAACAAUUUGAACAUACCUGAAUAUCAAACCAAUAAUUAUGAUGAGAAGCCAGUAUACAAAGGAGAAACUUUCCUAGUCACAAUUACACUUUGUGCCCAUUCUCCUAAUGCUGAGAACCAUUUACGUGGGUUCAACCAUGAGACCCAGCCGGUCAGUUCCUUACCCACAGCCAUCAAGGUGUCUCAUUGUGGGAUUUCAUUCCUCACUUUUGUUUUGUGCCAAGUAGGCGGAUUUUUGCUUUACAUUUUCUACACAUUUGAAUUUUUAUAUCUGGAGCUGGUGUCUCAUUGUGGGAUUUCAUUCCUCACUUUUGAUUUGUGCCAAGUAGGCGGAUUUUUGCUUUACAUUUUCUACACAUUUGAAUUUUUAUAUCUGGAGCAGGUGUCUCAUUGUGGGAUUUCAUUCCUCACUUUUGAUUUGUGCCAAGUAGGCGGAUUUUUGCUUUACAUUUUCUACACAUUUGAAUUUUUAUAUCUGGAGCAGGUGUCUCAUUGUGGGAUUUCAUUCCUCACUUUUGUUUUGUGCCAAGUAGGCGGAUUUUUGCUUUACAUUUUCUACACAUUUGAAUUUUUAUAUCUGGAGCAGGUGUCUCAUUGUGGGAUUUCAUUCCUCACUUUUGAUUUGUGCCAAGUAGGCGGAUUUUUGCUUUACAUUUUCUACACAUUUGAAUUUUUAUAUCUGGAGCAGGUGUCUCAUUGUGGGAUUUCAUUCCUCACUUUUGUUUUGUGCCAAGUAGGCGGAUUUUUGCUUUACAUUUUCUACACAUUUUAAUUUUUAUAUCUGGAGCAGAAAUGGAGUAUGCUCCUCCAAUCCUGUCCCUGAAUGCUAAGUUCCCGGGGAACUCCCAUGAUGCCCAUGUCAUUAGACAAUCAGGGAUAUGGCACAGAUUAAGAUCGAUGGAAAGACAAGACAUGUGGUUAUUGGGAGACCGUGGAUAUCCUUGCACCCCCUGGCUCAUGACUCCUUACAGUAAGCCCAGGCCAGGACCACAGACGGCAUUUAACUCCGCGCUUACUGCCACUAGACAGCUGGUGGAGCGCACGAUUGGUGUCCUUAAAGGACGCUUUCGUGUGCUCCACCGCACUGGUGGCGACAUCAUGUAUUCGCCGGAGAUGGUAAGUAAAAUAGUGGUCCUGUGCGCUAUUCUACAUAACAUCGCUGUAAGGAGUUGCGUUGAGCUUCCUCACACAGAGGAAUUGCCAGAUGAGGAGCCAGGGGUUGGACGGAGAUUCGGUGGGGGGAGUGUUUCCCGGAAGGGAAGCGAAGUAAGGGCACGCAUUGUGCAAGAAUAUUUCAGGACCACCACAAAGGCAAGCUGCUGCAGGGAGGCCAGACCAGACCCCUUCUCAGCCCCCCUCCCCUUCCCAGUCCACCUCCCCUUCCCAGUCCCCUUCUCAGCCCCCCUCCCCUUCUCCUUCUCAGGCCCCCUCUUCUUCCCAGUCCCCUUCUCCUUCCCAGUCCCCUUCUCAGCCCCCCUCCCCUUCUCCUUCUGAGGCCCCCUCUUCUUCCCAGUCCCCUUCUCCUCCUCCUUCCCAGUCCACUUCUCAGGCCCCCUCUCCUUCUCCUUCUCAGCCCCCUUCUCAUGCUCCUUCUCAGGCCCCCUCUUCUUCCCAGUCCCCUUCUCCUUGUCCUUCCCAGUCCACUUCUCAGGCCCCCUCUCCUUCUCCUUCUCGGCCCCCAUCUCAUUCUCCUUCUCAGGCCCCCUCUUCUUCCCAGUCCCCUUCUCCUUCUCCUUCCCAGUCCCCUUCUCAGCCCCCCUCACCCUCUAUUGCCCAAACACUCUCUCUGCCCCCCUCACCCUCUCAAUCAGACCCACCCUCUGAAAUUACGUCCCCAAUCCCUCCUCCUUCCCCCAUCCAGCCUCCUUCCCCAAUCCCUCCUCCUUCCCCAAUCCCUCCUCCUUCCCCCAUCCAGCCGCCUUCCCCCAUCCAGCCGCCUUCCCCACCCAGUGAAUGGGCAGAAGAAGCACCAGUGGAAGCUUCGGGGAGUCCUCAUGUUGGUGAAGAAAAUGUUGCAGUUGGAGAUCCCACCACUUUUGCGGGCAUUCUGUCAACAAUGCAGCAAAAUCUGCAAUCCAUGCUUGCUUGUGUGGAGCAACUUAAAAAUUGUGCUUGAUUUCUUUUUGUUAAAAAAAAACAAAAAACAUGUUACAUUUUCUAUUUUUAUUUAAAAAAAAUAAAAACAUAUUUAAAGUUAA